ACUCGAACCACCACAUUCAACAAUUCUGGGUUCCGGACUCCGUGCCAUUUGCUCAUGCAUGGAUUCGAGGCAUCCGAAGCCACUUUAUCGAACCGCACCCGUCCCAUCAUUCUUUCCUCAGCAUGGGCUCAGCUAAGCCGCGUCCGUCUGGCGGCAGAGCUUCCGUCGCCAAAGCCCCGACCCUCCAAGCUCUACCGGAUAAAACCUUCAUUGUCGACAAUGGCGCCUAUACCCUGAAAGCCGGAUAUGCGCCGGAAUACCCGCCUCCUGAGGACGAGGAAAAGGCGCUUUCGGCGUGCGCUACGAUACCCAACACGAUUGUGAAGACACGUGGGAACCGCAUAUACGUCGGCUCGCAACUCAACACACAUGUGACCGACUGGAACGAGAUGUCCUUUCGUCGACCGGUAGAGAAGGGAUACAUUGUCAACUGGGAAGCUCAGAAAGAGAUCUGGGAGCACUCGUUCUUCGACGAGAAGACCGUGCGAAGCAAGGAGCUGCGCAUCACCGACCCGGAAGACACCACCUUGGUGCUGACGGAGGCGCCCAAUGCGUUGCCCAUCCUGCAAAAGAACGCCGACGAGAUUGUGAUGGAGGAGUGGGGCUUUGGCGGUUAUUACAGGAGCUUAGGGCCGCCGUUGAAUGCUUGGAACGAGGUGAACACUGUCUUCGGAGAUCCGGUUGUGAAAGAGGCGGAUUCUGUCGUGUCGCCAAGAGAAUGUUUACUGGUCAUCGACUCUGGCUACUCCCACACCACGGUGACGCCUGUCUACCGAGGCCAACCGCUUCAACGUGCCAUACGCAGACUCGACCUGGGUGGCAAACAUCUUACGAAUUAUUUGAAGGAGAUGGUGUCCGUGCGGCAAUAUAACAUGGUGGAUGAAACCUAUAUCAUGAAUGAGGUCAAAGAGGCUGUUUGCUAUGUGAGCAACAACUUCGUUGGCGACUUGGAAAAGACCUGGAAAGGCAAUCGAAAGCGUGACCUUUCUGAUUCGCAAGAGGGCGUCGCAGUAGACUAUGUCCUUCCGGACCCCAAUGCGGGAAAGAAGGGCUUCGUGCGACCACACGAUCCAUUACUGAACGCUAAGAAGAGGAAAGGAGCGCUGUCCGGUGCCUGCGCUGAGGCACUCUCCGAAGAUGCCCUGGUCUUGGGCAACGAGCGGUUCACUGUCCCGGAAGUCCUGUUCACUCCCGGUGACAUUGGCAUGAAACAGGCCGGGAUCCCGGACAUCGUUCUGCAGAGUCUUUCUGUAUUGCCUACCGGGUUGCACCCGGCCUUCUUGGCCAACGUCCUGGUUGUUGGCGGGAACUCAUUACUACCGGGGUUCAUGGAGAGACUGGAGACCGAGCUGCGCCAACUAGCAUCCGCCGAGUGUGUUGUAAGAGUGCGAUGCCCUCAAGACCCAAUUCGAUCCACUUGGCUGGGGGCAUCGCGACUGGCCACCAAUAGAGAAGAGUUGAAGAAAGUCGCUAUUACUCGUCAGGAAUACCAAGAGUAUGGUUCCUCCUGGGCUGGUCGGAAGUUUGCUGGUGCAUUAUAACCGGCCGGGGAGUUCAAGGUUUAAAGCGCGAUUGGCGUCUUCGGAGGUUUGAGCUGCAGCUUUUCAUUUGUAAUUCUAGGCUGGCACCUUUCCUGUUUGCGUGUGUACUGUGUAGUAGCUAUGUGUCCUUGAUACCCUUUCUCAAGUUAUCAGCUGGUUCGAUCGAAAGUGCGGGACACAGCCGAGCGUAGCAUUUUGAUGAAAUGUCAUUGCGAGGAUUGUACGGUACAACCAUCUAA